UCCCUUCUGGAUCCUUCCACCGCCUCCUUAUCUAAUAUCCUUUUUCAUCUUUGUCUACUGAUUUUGUCAGAUGUGCGAUAUUUCUCAUCUAGCUGCCGGUGCGGGGUUCCGCUUUGAAGAAGUGGGCUUCCACCACCACUCUCUUGGCAAAGUCGUGGUCGAAGUGGUUUUCUUCCACAAACCUUCAAUCACUCAUGCCAUUACCGGUGAGCCCUCAAUCACCUAAAGAGAAGACACGAUGUACCCUCUUCUUCUCUCUUUUUUCUUCUCGGCUUCAAGCUUCCACAUCCGGCCUGUCACAAACACCACCGCCAGCAGACCUGCCAUGUACAACGUAGGUGUUGGCCUCAUCACAACGGACGAGCGGGUUCCGAUUUAGGUUCUCACCAUCGAGCGGGUUCCAAUUUUUGUUCUGACGACAGAGCUGUCUCCUGGCUGAGAGAGACUAGGCGUCGGGGUUCUUCUUUCGGUGUAUCACCACCAGUGUGCCAGUGUCUGUGCCAUCUCGACUGGCUUCUCAAAUAUGGCGGUGGUGAAAUUGUCAAUGUAUCCCUUUUUCUCUCAUUUUCACUUGGUUAGAAUAACCAAAACCAAGUUUUUGAUUUUGCCUUCUUCACUGAGUUUGGAGGUGGUCGGCUGGUAAUGUUAGCGUAGUGAAGAUUUCCACAGUAGAAAACGAUUCAUGGUUUUUUUUUGAAGAGAUUAUCAAGAUUAGAGGAAGCCAUGAGAACACGAAGCGAAUAUGAGCGACAGUGGUAGCGCUUACAGAUGACAUUGCUUCCUAUUACCAUCACUACAGUUAUGUUGUACAUACUGCUCUCUUUGUUUUUAUGCUUGAUAUCAGAUUCCUGUUGAGAAUAUGACUUUUUUUCUUACUUCUCUUUGGCUCAAUUACAUGGAAUUAAUAAUACCGCCAUCACCUGCGUCCAAUGCAAUUACCACCACCGACCAGUCACCUAUCCAUGUGACAUACAUCAUUGAAGGCACAUUCCUCGGUGGAUGGGAAGAAAAGAAUGAACAAUGGGGAUCUGGUAGAUCGAAUAUUUCAAGGAGACCUCAACAGGCUUCGAAUGAUUUUAAUAAAAGGCAAUCUCAUCAUAAGACCGAAGAGGAAAACAAUGAUUACUGGGAGACAGUUGGGAAGAAGACUAUGAAAUCGACUGUGGUGAAGGAAAGAAAGAAUAAGCUGGUUUCAUUGAAGAGAUAUGUAGAACUGUACCAAUUACAUACCUUUUUAAGUAUCUUGCUUCAAAUGGUGUUGUAUCCCAAGAUUGUGUUUUAGGUUCAACAAACAUUUUAUCAUUUAGGUUCCACUACUCUUCUUUUGGAUUUCGUGUGGGUACUGCUUUCUUACUACAAUUCAUCAUGUCUGUGAUCGUGAAUGUUAAUAAUUUUGUUCAUUUUAUUUGAUCA